GGCCUGCCCCCAUGGGAGAAGCAGUACAGUCUGGCCGGGGGCCAAGCCUCCCUCAGAGGCACAAGGGUUGCUAACAUGGAUACUUGGAGAGGAGUGCCACAAUGAUAACAUUUGGAGAGAAGUAUUUCCCAUUUUAAGCCCCUGGGCCACAGGCCACCAUGGAUGUGCACCUCGGGGGUCAGGAGAGCGCAAGCAAGAGCAGCAAGGGAAGCGGCAGCACAGGAGAUCAGCAAGAUGUUGCUAUGAGGACAGAUUCACCGGAAAUGACUGAUGUGGAGCUUGGGGUCGACAAUUUUGCAUCUUCAGCAAGGGCAGGCCGCCGGAAUGCCGUCCCAGACAUCCAGGGUUCAGCUGGGACAGGUGGGACUUCCGAGUUGCCCCUCAAACUGGAGACCCUCUCCAUAAAGGAAGAUGUAAAAAAGAAAGAUGAAGGAAAAACACAAGACCAAUCGGAAAAGCCCCCAAAUGAAGGAAAAUGAAGGCUCACAACCUAUCAAGAGUGCUGAAUUUCUGCAAGGUGAAAGACUUUAGUGGUUCUGCUUUCCUGAGAUGUUCGAUCCGGUAGUAACCAUGGUAACAUUGCAGCCCUAAGCAACAUGUGUGUACUAGAUAAUUUUGUUGUGAUGCUACUCACUUGGAUUGCAACCAUGAGGUCCCAUGUAGGUUAUUAAAAGGCAGAUUACAUCCAAAUUGCACCCAAGGAAAAGAUUAAGAAUGUAUGGUCAUUUAAAUACAUAUCAUUGUCUAUAAACCCAAUAAAAAUCCACUAUUCUCUUUUAGACUUAUUUAGCCAGAUGUGUUUUUAAUUCUGUUUUUAUGGUAGUAGAUAAGACAUUUAAACCAAACACUACUAAUGUAUGGAAUUUGGAGGAAUUUGUUGGUUUUUUUGUUUUUGUUUUUUUUUUUUUGGUUUGGAUGUUUGCUUUGGUAAGAAGGAAUAAUAGGUCAAAACCACAAGGAUAGAAUGUUUGUUUUUAACUAAAUUUUUUUGGUCCCAAACCCUAAAAAGAUUUGGAGGAAAAGUAUAAACCUGACAACCUAAACAGCUCCAGGAUGUUUUUGUCUGAUAUACAUUGCUUCUAGUCUAUGUAUACUGUGAUUUUUCAUGUGGACUCUUAAGAUGCAAAAUUUGUGAUAAAUUGUUUAUAUGUAAUAUGCCUAUUAAAUGAAUUUUAUUAUCUUCCUUAA